AUGGGUGCUGGAGGAUCAAAGCCUGGUGAUGCGCGGUCAUCAGAGGAUGCAAAAGUCCCCGAUUACUAUGAGAUCUUAGGUGUCGAGGAGUCAGCCACAGGCGAAGACAUCAAAAAAGCAUUUCGAAAAUUGGCUUUGAUCCAUCACCCAGACAAAAACCCUAACAAUGUAGAAGAAGCUACCAAACGAUUCGCUACUAUGCAACAGGCGUACGAAGUGCUGAGCGAUGAGCAG